UUUUUUUCUCCUUAUAUAUCACUCUUUCAACACACGCCACUCCUCAUUGUCAUAAAGCAAAGCAAACACACAUCUUCAUUCCUCAAACAAAUCUCUCUCUCUCUCUCUCUCUCUCUCUCUCGAUUUCCACUUAUAAAACCACACACCUCAUUCUCCUCUCUCUCUUUCUCUCUCUAACCAUGCAUUCACCAACGUACGGAUCCGACCCGACAGCACAACCAAACACAACCUUCGUACAAGCAGACCCAUCCAACUUCCGAUCAGUUGUUCAAAAACUAACCGGAGCAUCACAAGACCCAUCAGCUCAAAAACUCCCACUCACACUCCCAUCUCGUCUAACCCAAGCCCAACUCCACCGUCCACCACCACCCGCCACCUCCGAACCACCAACGGGCCCAAAAAAACCCAACUUCAAACUCCACGAACGCCGCUCCAAAAAACUUCAACUAACCGUUUCGGAAACACCCACGAUGUUCCAAAACAACAACAGCAACAAUAAUACGAUGAUGAUGAUGUUGAUGAACAACAACAACAACAUUAGAAGCGUUGUUAUGGCUUCACCAGUUUCUCCAUUAGAAUAUUACAUGGCGCAUGGAAAUAGUCCAAAAUCACCAUACGAAGAAGAUGAAGAAAAAGAAGAAGAAGAAAAAGGGAUAGCUGAAAAAGGUUUCUAUUUGCACCCCUCUCCUAGAUCCUCUCAACAACCACCUCAACUCUUACCUCUUUUUCCUUUGCAUUCUCCUUCUUCUCAAUCUCAUUCUUAAUUUAUAAUAUAUAUUUUUUUUUGAGAGUUGAUUGUUUUCUUAAGCUUAUUUAUUUUUGUAAUAUUAUUAAUUAAUUAUUAAUUAACUAUUAACUUUGCUAGAAUGGAUUUAAUUUAAUUUAAUGUAUUGCGUGUGUCAGUGUGUAUCUGUAAUGUGGAAUGUGAAUAAAUACUGUUGCAAUGUUGAUUCUGCGUUGAAAAGUUUGGUUUGGUUUUACAUUUA